AUCAUCCUUCAGGGCUGCAGGGUUCUGGUGGACGCACGGGACAAGCUGGGGAUCCCUUGGCAGUACACGGAGAACGAGAAGCACGGAAUGUUUUUGAUGGCCUUUGAAAACAAAGCUGGAAUGCCCAUCGAGCCUGCCACCUUCCAGCUCUAUGUACCUGCCCUGGGCGCGCUCUGGAGGGAUUCGGGAAUCAAGGAAGCCUUCAGCCGUCGGAGCGAGUACCAGCUGGGUGAAUCGGUGAAAUACUUCCUGGAUAACCUGGAUCGCAUCGGUCAGCUGAAUUACUUCCCCAGCAAACAAGAUAUUUUGCUGGCCAGAAAAGCCACGAAGGGGAUCGUAGAGCAUGAUUUCAUCAUUAAAAAAAUCCCUUUCAAGAUGGUGGAUGUAGGUGGACAGAGAUCUCAGCGUCAGAAAUGGUUCCAGUGCUUUGAUGGAAUAACUUCCAUUCUGUUCAUGGUCUCCUCCAGCGAAUACGAUCAGGUUCUCAUGGAAGACAGGCGCACAAACAGACUCGUGGAGUCCAUGAAUAUCUUUGAGACAAUAGUCAAUAACAAGCUUUUCUUUAACGUUUCUAUUAUCCUAUUCCUCAACAAGAUGGAUCUUCUCGUUGAGAAGGUAAAGACUGUCAGCAUUAAGAAGUAUUUCUCGGACUUCAAGGGCGACCCUCACCGGCUGGAGGACGUGCAGCGUUACCUGGUGCAGUGCUUCGACAGGAAGAGGAGGAACCGCUCCAAGCCGCUCUUCCACCACUUCACCACGGCCAUAGACACGGAGAACAUCCGCUUCGUGUUCCACGCCGUGAAGGACACCAUCCUGCAGGAGAACCUGAAGGAUAUCAUGUUGCAGUGAAGGAGAGCAGCCAGUGUUCUGUUACAAUUUUGCUGGAGGGUUAGAUCAAAGUUUUUAUCCUUUCUUUAUGGCCCUUGCAUGCGGUGUAGGACCCAUGCGAAUUACUUGGCUCAGGAAUGCUGUAAACUAGCCAGUCCAAACAGGAGCUAUAGGCCGGAGGAGUCACAUAUUGAUGUUAGCUACUGAAUCAUUUGGACUAGAAACACUACUGAACCCUGGCCAUGGUAGGUUCUGUACCAAUUUUGGGACGCUGAACAACACAACCACCUUCUGCCUUCUUAGAAAAAAAGAAAUCUCUGACAAACCAUGUAUGGAAGACACAUUGUUUUAAGUGAAUACACUCAUUUUUCAGAGACACUAGUCGUACAAACUGCCUUUUUUUUUUUUUUUUUUGUAGUUUGGAGGUGCUGAAUCGAUCAAACUAAUCUAAACAUAAUGAGAUUGGCAGCUGUAUUGGAGAAUGUUAAUGGAAGUCCUGUUGUUAACCCUUAGGAAUAUAACCAGAUCUUGUGUGCGUGUUCAGCUUUGCCAAGGGUCUACAGUCCACUUACCGAGGUGGAUGCACAGCUCUUGUCUGAAGGUUUUGCCUGAGUCUCCUGAGGCAGAAAUCUAAAGCUGUGUGAGGAAACUCGUGUUGGAGUGAAUGGGAUGGGAAGCUGAAGCCUCGCUGAUAUGGAGAAGGGUUUAUUUUGCACUAUAGGCGAAGGUUGUUCCAUCAUGGGAAAACUGCUUUCCUUGGUGAAGCAGCCUGUGCUGGAGCACCCAACCACGUAUCUGCACAGUGGGUGCUCGAGUGAGAUGUACUCCAUGGAGACCCAGCACUGUUCUCACAGUGGGCAGCAUGUGUGAAGGUUCAGUAUCUCGUGUGACAGGGCUUCAUCUACACUCACAGGUUUGAAAGCUGAUCAAACUCUUAAGCAAAGGUUUUGGUAGCACAGCAGCUGCUUGAUUAGUCCCAACAGCUGACCUUACAGGAAGACUGAGCACCCUAGAGAUCCCAGCUUUUCCAGCUGCACUGAUGUGUUUGGACAGCAAGACCUUGCUGUAAAAUUAGCCUUUAAUCUGUGUCUUAAUGGGAUCUUUAGCCUAUAGUAAUGCACAUGUAACUCUGAGCACGGCUGAGUUUGGAGUUGCCGGUUUUGGGCAGUGGUUUGUGUGUAAAAUGGUGAGAGGCUGUGAAUAAUGUUGAUCUGAACUCUGAAUUUCCUUGUGCUCUCAAUCUCUGUCAGGUGCCUUUUUUGUGUACAGACAUUGAAUCUUUUCUACUACAGUGGGGUACAUGGACAAACCGAAGAUAUUGUAGUGCUCUCCUUUAGGUAACUCUCAAACAUAGUUUACUGUGCAAUUUUUGUCAUAGUUUUUAUCCAAGAAUAAAACCUGAAGGGCUGUUUGUACCCAUAAAAAGUCA